AGCUGAUUCAUUUUAUUAUUGUUUUCACACUAAUGCUGCAGAAACUACAGCUGUCACAUGUUUAUUGUACUUCACACAACCAGUUUCAGCAAAAAUAUGAGUGUAUACUCCUGAAAGCUGUACCAUUAACACUGAAACACCUGGAUGUAGUAUAAGAUUUCUGUGUGUUUUUAGGUGGUUAAGGCGGUGGGGGUUGGAGUUUUUUCAGUGAGGCAAAUGGGCGGAGUUAAUCGAACCAGCCAGGGGCAGUGAAAUCCUUUCCAAAGAGGCUCAGGCAGUAGCAGAGUCAGAAUGAAAGUGUAGUACUUUCUGAAAAAGAUACAGGAUUGUGUAACCUGCCUAGUAAUUAAUUCCCUUUUUAUUCUAAGAUGUACUCUAUAUGUAUUUGAUAAAAUUAUAUUUGAGUCAGACCAGUGUGAAAUAGGGUGUCACCAUGGCAACAACAGCGCUGACGGGUUUCUCUAUGAUGAGUCUUCUCAGCCUCGGGUACCUGACGUGGGAUCUGAUGAGUCCUAACCAGGUGGAAAAUGAGCCGGAUCAGAUUUUUGGUGAUAGGCCUCAGAGUCAUCAGCCUCCUCACAUCAUUUUUAUCAUGACAGAUGAUCAGGGAUUUAAUGACAUCGGCUAUCACAGCUCUGACAUCAAAACACCGGUGUUGGAUAAACUAGCCGCAGAUGGAGUGAAGCUUGAGAAUUACUACAUCCAACCCAUCUGUACUCCAUCCAGGAGUCAAUUCAUCACUGGCAGAUACCAAAUUCAUACUGGUCUGCAGCACUCCAUCAUCCGGCCUCGCCAGCCAAACUGCCUGCCUUUUGACCAGGUCACCCUCCCCCAGCGGCUGCAGGAGCUUGGCUACUCUACCCACAUGGUUGGCAAAUGGCAUCUGGGAUUUUACAAGAAGGAGUGUCUUCCCACUCGACGGGGCUUCGACACGUACUUUGGCUCCCUAACGGGCAGUGUGAACUAUUAUACCUACGACUCCUGUGACGGCCCUGGAAUGUGUGGCUUUGAUCUCCACGAGGGGGAGUCAGUUGCUUGGGACAAGAAGGGAAAAUACUCCACUCGGUUGUACACACACAGAGUACGCAGGAUCCUGGCAACCCAUGAUCCCCAGAACCAGCCUCUGUUCAUCUUCCUUUCUUUCCAGGCGGUUCACACACCUCUGCAGUCCCCCCAGGAGUACAUCUACCCAUACCGCGGGUUGGAAAAUGUGGCCCGAAGGAGGUAUGCAGCUAUGGUCUCGGUUGUAGAUGAGGCAGUACGUAAUAUAACAUAUGCUCUUCGAAAGUAUGGUUACUACCAGAACAGUGUCAUUAUCUUUUCCACUGACAACGGAGGACAACCCUUGUCUGGUGGCAACAACUGGCCUCUCAGAGGACGGAAAGGCACCUACUGGGAAGGUGGUGUCCGGGGUCUGGGCUUCGUCCAUAGUCCUCUGCUGAGGAGGAAGAGGAGGGUCAGCAAAGCUUUGGUCCACAUCACUGAUUGGUACCCCACACUGGUCGGUUUAGCAGGUGGGAAUGAGUCUCAUACUAAAGGGGUGGACGGUUAUGACGUUUGGCAGACUAUCAGUGAGGGUAAAGAGUCACCCAGGUUUGAGAUCCUCCACAACAUAGACCCGCUGUAUAACCGUGCACGCUGUGGCUCCCUACAGAAAGGAUAUGGCAUUUGGGAUACAGCCAUUCAGGCUUCAAUACGAGCUGGGGACUGGAAACUCCUGACGGGAGACCCUGGUUAUGGAGACUGGACCCCAGCACCCGUUCUUCCAGGAUUUCCCAAUAGCUGGUGGAAUCUAGAGCGUCACACUCAGCCUCGCAAAUCACUGUGGCUUUUCAACAUAUCUGGAGACCCCUUUGAACGUUUAGACCUUUCUGAGCAGAGGCCGGAUGUUGUCAAGGAACUUUUGGCCAGGCUUGUGUACUACAACCGCACCGCAGUUCCUGUCAGAUAUCCAUCAGAGGACCCUCAGGCUGACCCCCAACUGAAUGGAGGGGCAUGGGUCCCUUGGGUGGGAGAUGAGGACGAGGAGGAGGACAGCUGGGACAGAUUUUACCAGAAGAAGGAUCGGAAGUCAAAGCUUAAACUGUCCAAAAGCAGGUCAUUUUUUAGGAGACUCAACACCAGGAUGAUGUCCAAUCGGAUAUAGAAAGGACAUGGCUGAUGUGGGUUUAGAGGAGAUACAACUGAAAGUGAACGUUUAUGUUCUUAUUUUCAUGUAACUUGGUUAAGUUAUAGCUGCAGAAUAAUUCUUUUACAGACUUUAUCAAAGGACUGAUUGGUCAGAGGUAUAGCAUUUAUCUGAACAAUAAAUCAAUUUUGAAAAACAAUUCCUAAAAUAAAAUGUACCUUUAUCCACAAAAACAAAAAUUUGACCCUUAUUUUUAGGUGAAAAGGUUGGUGUUAAGGGCAAAAUUAUAAUGAACUUGUGAAUAAUGGCACUCUCUUUAGUAAGCUAUCAAUACCGUCAACCACAGACAGAUGUCAGUAAUUGGUUCAGAAGUAACCAUAGUAAAUUUAUCAAACAGAAAAUUGCUUAUUAGAGCUAUUUUUUACCUUGUUUUGUAGGAAAAAUGUUUUACCAUCAAAAUUGGUCAUAGAACCACCUGCAGGGGAGGUUGGGUAGCAACAAGUUCUUCAUUUAGUCACCCAACAGACUAUUCUUUUGAACAGCUGAAGUCAUAGUCCUCCAUUUAUGUACAAGUUAAGGUAAAAAGAAAACAAAGUUAAAGUUAAAGUACUCUGACUGUAUUUUACUAAUAUGAAUUUUUAAAAAAAGCUGCUGUUUAUAAUGAAAGUAAUCAACUACCUCUAUGUCAUUUGGACUUGAACUCAUGUCAUGUCUUUUAGCUAAAGUCAUUUUCUGCUACAAUAGUUUUAUUGUAAACUAUUUUUUACAAUAGUAAAAAAUAGUUUUAUAGUAUUAUCAAUAAAAAGUGUUGGGUAAAGACUGUACUUACCUCUUUUAUUCCAAUUAUUACUAUUAUAGUAUGGGUUUUUAAAAUAAUAAAUAUAACACACGCUACCAGGCAUUCACAUACAGCAUAUCACAUGUUUGAUGACUGAAGUUGGAUUUGUUGGCACAAGCUUAUUAAUUAAACAAUUAAUAAAUAAGGAGAGACCAAAAAAGCAAAUAAGCAUGUGGCUUUUCAAUACUUUGGUUCCCCAACUAUGUAUAUAUGAAUGAAUGACUGGACCUUAAACACAUGAUGAAACAGAAACGUUGGCAGAAUGUACUCCUGACUCAAGUUUACUCUGGCUCUGAAGUAA